AUGUCCGCUACUAACUUUGCAAAGUAUCCAGUCACACAUCAACAAUACGUAAAACAAUUAUAUCGUAGGUCACUAAAACUUUCUCUAGAUUGGUACGGUUUUCGAAACAUUUGGCGACAAAAAGCUUUAGAAAUCCGUGAACGUUUCGAAGCUAAUCGUUCAGUAACGAGUUCGUAUGAGUUGAAACGUAUUUUGGAGGAAGCUGAAGAAGAGCUAGAGCAUUAUAGACAUCCGGAACCGUAUAAAUUUCCUACUGCACCAGGUGGCUCAAAGUACGAAAGAAAUCUACCACCGCCAAUAGUUCCUUACAUCAAAAAAUUUAUUAUACAUUAA